AUGGCCACCAAUAUGGACGAAACAACUCUUUCUACGCUCGAUCUAUUGGAAUCACGGCUUCUCCGAAUCGAGCAUCUCCUCUAUGGCCAGAACCAAUCACCUGCACUGGCCCAAGACCAGUCGGCGGCUAGCCAGCUCAACAAGCUCGAGCGACGUUUCUCGAUGCUCCUGUCCGAUAUCCGCGUUUACCACGAGCUCAUGAGGAUCUACAGAGCUCACCCCGAUUUCUUUCAUUCGUCCGACCCAUCAGAGCCACCAUCGCAGCUGGACAUCGAUGCACUCCAAUCCAUUGUUCUAGCCUCAGCGUCCGCCUUUCCUGCGACUCUCUCGUCCCUUACCGCGAUCAAAGACAGUCCGAUUCCGGAUCCUGCGGAUAGCGCAGCGCUUGUGGCAUUGCAGGAUAAAAUGAAAGCAAUCGAAGCAACCCAAAUCGCACAAGCUACUGAGAUGGCCGACCUUCGACAAAGGAGCGAGAUCGCAGUUCGUUCCUGGUACGAAACCGGUAUCCUUAGUAACUCGAAAGCGAUGGCCAGCCUCGAAUCUCGAGUGAAGGAUGUUGAGCGCCAGGUGAGGAGGGCAGAGCGAGAGUUGGAGGCUGGAGAAGAGCUAUGA